ACAAAGUUAAAGUCAAAUUAGUGUCAAUUUAGACGUGUUUACAAAAAUAUUUACAAAGUUCAUCAAAAUGCAAACAAUAAACAUCAACCAGCCUAUAAAUUUGAAAGUGGUAAGGUUCGAAUUGGAUUUCACUUCGCUCGUGACUGAAAAACCAAAGCCAGAGAAGAAAACUAAAAGAAUAAAGUUGCCCGACUUCAAGUGCAUAGCGAAGAAGCCUUCCGUGCCUCUGCCUCCAAUUAAAAAUAACACGCAGAAAAGGGAUGUGAAAGACCUCAUCGAGGAGUUACUGGACGAACUCUACGCUGAUCAACGGGACUGGAGCAGUAACAGCGCUACUUAUUGCAGUCGUGGGUCCAUAUCAGUCGCAUCAGUGACCUCAUCGCAGUCGAACUGCGGUGAACAAACAGAUGCUAUUGAACGAAACUAUCUGGAAGCUCUAGGUAUAGAUGAGCUUCGGGAACAAGCAGCAGCGUGGGAAACGAGGUUAAUGACGACAGGGGAGAAGUUGGCGAGAGGAGUUAGGGCAAGAGAUCGGCUAAGAAGACAACAGAAGCGGCUGUGCGCCGCGUUUACAAUACUUCUUCAUCAUAUAACGGGCGAGUCCGGCGCGCGGUUCGGCGUGGCGCCGGGCGGCGAAGGCCCCGGCGAGGGCGGGUACGCCGAGUGGUUGCACGCGAUGCGGCUGGUCGCGCGGCUGCCCGCCGGAGUGCCGCAUCACUUUCGGAAAAAGCUAUGGCUGACGCUAGCGGAGCGUCACCUGUCCUCAAGAAAUGUGGAAUGGACAUUGGCGGAGCGUGCCUGUUUCCGAGGCACGGCUCAACCCGAUGACACUGAGCUCGGCGCGCAGAUUCUGAAGGAUCUACAUCGAACUGGCUGCUCCCUAUUUUGCGGGACGGAGGGACGCGAGAAUCAGGCUAUGCUUCGGAGGGUACUGUUAGCUUAUGCAAGAUGGAACAAAGAAGUGGGUUACUGCCAAGGGUUCAAUAUGUUAGCUGCUAUAAUUCUUGAGGUCAUGGAGAAAUCAGAGGCUGAUUCGCUAAAGGUUAUGAUAUACUUGGUGGAGGCAGUUCUUCCAGAAGGUUACUUCGCAGACGACCUUCGAGGGCUGUCAGCUGACAUGGCUGCCUUCAGAGACCUACUAAGGCUUCGACUUCCGCGCCUAGCAAACCAUAUGGACCACUUGCAAAGAAUAUCUGAUGGUGGUGGUGUAGAGCCCCCUCUACCAGAUGUGUUCACGAUGCAAUGGUUCCUAACAUUGUACGCCACGUGGCUGCCGCGAGAGUCCCUGCUUAGGAUAUGGGAUCUGGUGCUGCUGGAUGGCAAUGAAGUCUUGUUGCUCACGGCCCUCGCCAUUUGGGAUAUGCUCCAAGACCGAAUCCUGUCAGCGCGUUCAGCAGACGAGUUCUACAGCUGCAUGGGCGGCGGCGCGGGCGCAGUAUAUGAGGCGGGCGAAGCGCUGGUGGCGCGCGUGGUCGCCUUCGGAUCCGUGCCUGAGCUGCCACGCCUACGUAGCCUGCACCGCUACCGCGUCACGCCACCCGCGCCGCCGCAAGCCCCGCCUAACUACCACCCGCCCCUACACUCCGCAAUGCAAACUAUGACAAAACGUGGUUUGCGUUUAUUCUACUCAGAAGAUGAAGGUGACUCCAGUGACGAUGGAAAUAGAAUGGCCUUAGCUACGGUGAUUCCACGAAGAGAAGAACGAGUAGGCGCCGGUGACCGACUUUCGUUAGACAUCGGAGCACUAAAACGCCAGUACGCACGCCUAAGAGAACGUCAAAGACAAGCUCAUGUGAUAUUAGCUGCAGCCUGCGCACGACAUGCCGCUGUUGGAGUACCAACAUCGCCAACGUCAUUAACAGUCAACAACCUAUUGUUGGGGAAAAGCGCCAUCGUCAGCUCUCGAGGAAGAAGACUCGGGCCACCGCUAGGCGCGGUGCCCCCUACGAGACAAACUUCAUCUCCCCGAGAACACGUGGAAAGACACCACAGAGGGCGGUCAACUGACACUAUCAGCUGGAAGGAGGAAAAAAGCCGUAAAUCAAUAAGCAGACGCAAUUCGCUCAAAUGGAAAGACAUUAAAAAAGAAAAAUCUUCUGAGAAGAUAAGAAAAGCGUCAAUCGAUCUGGACGAAGCCGGUGAUGGAGUAAUCGUGUCCGAAAUUGAAGCUAAUCAGAUGAUAGCAUCUUUAAGAUCGCGCAGUUCCAGUGAAACUUCCUCAUAUUCGUCACGCACUGCGACUAGCACAGAUACUAGUCUUUGUGACGAAAACGAAAAAGGUAGUGAUUCUGAACCGGAACUGCCUGACGAUGAUAAAGAUAAAACUGCUGGAACAAUCAAAGAAAAGAAAGCACCAAUUUCACCAAAAAAGGUAGUGCGUUCUCCGCUUGUUAAGGAAACUAGAAUUAAAUUUUCACCUGAAAAAGAAUAUAAGCCUACUGAAUUAGAUAACUCUGUUAAAAAUAUUUCUGAUUAUCUUGAUUCGGCAGCUGGUGAACCCCUUAGAACAUACAUUGAUGGAUUUGAAUCUAAACUAAAAGAAACCGUCAUCGUAAACUCUGAAAGUGAUCAUUUUAAGCCUGUUAGUCCUUUUAAAAGUAUAUCUCCAUAUACGCCCCAUUUAAGUUCAGAUAGGAGUGAAAUUUUACAAAGAUUAAGCAAUAAAAAAACCGAAGAAAAAUUAGGCAGUGAUGAACUAAUACGGCCUAAAAACCUUUGCAAACCGCCGAAAAAUAUAACUGAACUAAGUCCAAUUGACCUAUCCAUUUCGUAUAAGUGUAGUUCAGGCCUGGAAUCUCCAUAUAAUUUAGAUUUCCAGGCAAAUUUCAAACCGCCAUCCCAAUCGAGUAUUGCUUCUUCGAGACCUCCGGAUAUUAUAGACAGUUUUGUGAUGUACCCUAACUUUGUGCCUGACAUAGAUUUAUCAGAUAAAAAUGUUUCGGACUUAGAAAGUCCACCAAGAAGUCCAGGUGCUGAAAGUAUAAUAGUAAGCGAAGAUGAACCUCCCAUUCCUUUAAAAAUAGAUAAGUAUUUUGAGCAUAGUCCUGAAUUUUUCGGUGCCCGUGUGACAGAUCCGAAUAACUCUGAAAUACCUAAUAGAAGGGCUGUGAAAAGACAUUCAAGAUUCCCAAAAAAACCAGACUCAUUAACACUUCAAACUAAUCACAAUGAAAAGUUUGUUAUAUUAGAAACAGAAAGAGCGUCAUCUUUACCACAAAGUCAUAGUUUCACUCACAAAAAAUCUCCAAGCUUGGAUUUAACAAGUAGUGAUAUCAAAACCAGUGAAACAGAUUUCAAACAAGAGAAAUCUAUUAAAAGCCCAUUACUACAAAAAUCUGAAACACCAGUAAAAUCUCCACGGCCAAAAGAACACGAAAAUGUUUCACCUAAAGACCAUAUUAUUCGAUCUGGAAGGAAAAAUAGUGAAAGAGCAUUACAAAUUAUUCAAGAAAACUCUAAAAUAUUAAGCAGGAUAUUAACAAAACAGAAUAUUGUGGAAACUUCUCAACCAAAAAAAGUACAUGACAUCGAAACCUGUGUAGAUACAAAUUCUAAGACACAAGUAAAGUACAAUGAUAUUCCUGAAAACAAGCCAAUUGAAUCGCCUUUACUCAAGGAAUCCACUUCAGAUUCUCUAAUAGGUUACAGAAAACGUAAUGUCGGUGAUGUAUCUGCAGACAAAAGUGAUUUUAUUCGUGUAAGACCAAUUUCAAUAGAUGAUCCUUCUUCUUUAGAAUUACGUAAUAAUAUAACAAAAAAUCCCGAGUUUAGUAUAAAAAAUGUAAAAUCACCCAGUAAUGAAAGUCUUGGUAAUAGAACUGAUUUAUAUGGGUGGGAAAACAAAGGUUUCCUAGCAAAAUGUGAAUAUAAAAGUGUAUUUGACAAGGCUGAAAAAAAAUACGAUUUCAGUUACAAAAGAAAAACAUGUGAUUUGUCGGGUUUGGAGGAUUUAUCUGCUGAUCUUAAAGCCAUUGGCUCGGGUGAUUGGGCCAGGCAUUCUUUUUCCGGAGAAUCUAAAGCUUCUGUCACUCUGCCUUCAACAGAGCCUAAAGAUCCUUCUACAUGCGAAAAACGUUACACUUCAGACGAGUAUCAAUAUCCGUUUUCAAGCAAAUACAAUGACUUUGUUUUGUCUAAAGCUAGCGACAUCUGCAGUCAAACUAUCGAUGAAGGGCCGAAGGCUUGUGAAAAAAUAUCAAAGACUGAUUCAAGCCAAGUUAGUGACUUCGCUCAUGUAGUAACGUCCUCCAUUAGUUUCACGUACGAACCUUCUGUCGAGGACGACUCGCCAACAGGGAUGAAGAGCAACUCCAGUGAUACAUUGUGUCAAAUCACGUCACUGGACCAAGUAUCCACGCCGAUAUCACCCAAGAUAUUUCCUAGAGAGACUCCUACAUUUCCCAAAGAGUACGCUGAAAAAAGUGAUAAGACAAUAGUAGAAUCGGACGACACGUGUAGUGCGAUCACUUCUCUAAUAGAAACGGAUACGCUUUCAUCGUUAUCUUAUCCCCGUAGUCCUUCCACGGGGUCCUAUCACCCGUUCCCGACGCGACCUGCGAUGCGUAUGCCCAAAGAACUCGGAGUCAGACUAGGCAUGUAUCCCAAAGAUGUUAUCAAUUCUUCUCCGAAGUGAACUACUAUUUAGUUGUAUUUUAAACUGCUAGAAUUUAGUUGUGUGAACUUACUUUUUAAGUUUUUUACUGAUAUUUUACGCUUGAUUAUGUACUAACUAUAUUACGAUGUUUCUAAGGUAACCUUGUUUUGAAAUUUAUUUUCUAGUUUUGCAUUUUUACGAAUCUUGAUAUAGCAUUAAAAUUUAGGUAAAAAUACCAUCCGUUUUAAAUCUUUGUAAUUCAGUAUCAGCUUGGUAUCUGAAAGUAAUCGCUUAAAAUUCUUCUUAGCACGAUUGGAAUAUGUAGAGCUUUGUUAUUUAAUAAUAAUGUAAGCGGAAACUUUAGAAUAAUUGUUAAUGUUAUGAUUUUGAAGCUGUUCGUAUUCCAAUCUGUAAUUUGAGCUAGGGACAAAACAAACACGUUGCCUUGAUCCAUUGAAAAAUGAUAUUGUAAUCCUUCGCAAUAUAAAUAUAU